AUGGGUGAUAUUUCUAUGAAAAUUCAUAAGAAAAGUAAUUAUGGGAUUGCUGUUAUUAAAAACUGGAGGAAUCAGUUUUCUAUUUCCAGGAUUAGGCUUCCGAAUCUCAGAGAGCUUUUAGAAAAAAGAAUUGAUUCAGAUUCAAUUCAUGUCAAGAAUCCUCAAUACACUGGUCCUGUUGCGUUUUUAGUGCUAAGUUUAAAGUUAUUGUAUCUUCAUUGCACAAAGUCAUCUUCAGAGUCAUUGGAAAGGAUAUAUCCUACAUCAUCUUAUUGGACUCCAAUUAAAGUUAAAGAUAAAUUGAAAGAAGCAUUUAGUGAUGGAGGUUAUGAAAAAGUUGAAGUCAUAGUUUUUAUUGUUUUGGAUCAUUCUGAAAAAGGAAUCAAUAUUGUUCACGAGAAAUCAAUUGAGAAUGAAGUUCCUACUGUUUUGGAUAUUGCUGACAAAGGAAAAAACGUUGUUGAAGACAACACAAAGGAGAAUCAAGAAGAUUGGAUGGAUAGCAGUCCUUCUGUUCCUCGAUUUGAUAUUAUUUUUGAUGGUUCAAAGUCUUUAGAGUAUUUUAAGGAGAAGAAUGAUUUUUUAUUUAAAAGUUAUAGUUAUUUGAAGCCUACCAUCGAUCAUUGGAUCAAUCAUGCUUGGAAUCAGUUCCCAGGCAACAAAGAGAUUUGGAGUAUGCUGAUAAAAGAAAUGUUGAAUUUAACAAACUUCAUCAAAAUAUUGUGUUAUCUUGUGGUGCAGAAGUAA